AUGGUUUCGAAUUUAAGCGACGUACUUUGUAUAUUUGUUUUCGCAGUUUACUUUGUAUUGGAAACCGCUCAACAACUUGGCCGAGUACACAUCUCUUCCAUGUCGAAUAUAGGAUCGACAUCUGGACAGCAAGGUGACAACAUAACACCGCCUCAGAUUAGUCGGAAACGUGGUUCUCAUAAUUCAGGUUCUUCCAAAUCAGAAGCUUCAGCGACGACUUCAGUUUCAGCUGUGGGUUCAUCUUCAUCAAAACUGCGCCGAGUUACGCAUUCAUCCGCGGAACAAGUAUUUUGUUUGACAAGGCUACCUUUAUGUUUAUCGCAUGCAAAUAAAAGAAGGAUGCCUUCAUUGCAGAAUCCGGAAGGUAGCGAAUUGACUCGACAGCAAACUUCCCACUCAUCAGGAACGUUUGAGACAGCAGUAAGUGGUGGGGGAGGUAGGCGAACUGGUUCAAGUUCAAAUCGGUCGGGACACGAGAGCUCAAGAAGUGAGUUAAGGUACCUAACGGAUUUUUUUCCUGAUCAAAGUCCAGGCAAUCGACGUCUCACUCGUUCGCAGCGUCAGUAUUCGGUUACGGGAUCAAGCAAUCAUACAGCAGACAAUAUUGACCAUUCUACAAUUAACAGCAGCGCUCCAUUAGAGGAGCAUCAACGAGGCCCAAGGGAUAGGCCUCGCGGUCGUAGAGGUCGUACUAGUGUAGGAACUCGAGUAGCAGCUGGAGCAGGAGGCUCUCGUGCAACCAGUAAUAGCGAUCAGCAGCCAAGCACAUCAGCACGAACUCGUGCUCACGGUUCAGCAACGGGUGUUUGCCACAGCAUUACGCGAUGUGAAGGUACAGGAAAUCGUAUUCCACCAACUUAUACUCAGCAAAGGGAACCAAGUGCUCAUCGUUCAGUUUCACAACUCAUUGUAAUUAUUCACCUUCAAUAUGCGAUACUUCUCCAGGAAGCAGGAAAUGAUGCAAGUUCGAGCACGGUCAAUGUUGGAAGUAACUUAACUUUGACAGCCUCGAUAAAUGCUAGUGAGAUAACUGCUGCGGGAGUGGAAGGUGUAAGAACUGCAAAUAAUCUUACAGUAAUCGAAAGUCAUACCUCGCAGUUAAGAAAUUUACAACGGUCAGUUUCUUGCAAUUAUUAUUUUUAUGAAUACUCACAGGCUGUUCAUGCAGCAUCUACGUUCCUUGGUGCUCUUGUACCUCGUGUUCAGCAUUUACUUGGUACAGCUCAUGCACACCCUAGUAAGUAUUGUUUUAAUCUGACAUUUUUCUUUUUUAUAUCUCUGAUCCUUAGUAUUGACUUUCUAAACAUUUUUAGUUUUAUAUGCGGUUUUGGUGCAAUAUUCAUGGAUCGUAAAUUAUAUUUAGAUCCUGGAAGUAUACCAGGUGUCGUUCCAAACGUGCCGGCAGGUCAGGGACAAUAUCAGUACUUAUGGUCUUUACCUGAACAAGAACGAUACCAGUAUAUGAUGAGCAUGAUGCCUACGCAACAACUUUAUAAUGUUUUUAUGGGUGCCAGCAAUGCAGCUCAUGGAGAAAUGAGCGGUGCAAGAAAUUGGGGAGAUUCAUGGCAAAGUGCCGGACGUGGUUUUUCUCCGGGAUACAGUUUUCCUCAAAUUGUUUCUGCGGGUAGCGUAAAUUCUUCAAAAUUGGCUGCACUGCUAGUAAGGAUGCAGUACCCACUUCUGCUUGAUUUAAGUAAACAUGUCGAAAAUUUAGGUCUGGUUAAUCGCUUAACACGUUUAGGUCCGGUAAAUCGCUUUCAAAACAUGUGGAUGCGAAAUCCGGCAUACAGGUUUUUUCAGGCGACAGGUGUGGAUUCGAGAGCUAGUAAUCAAGGAUAUGGAAACGUGCAGUUCUUAAAUCAUCCACCACCAAGUUUCUUUCGGGCGACAGGUCCCAGACCUCCUCGUGGGUUCAACCCAAGUCAUGCAGGACAUAUUGGACAGCAUCAUCAUCAGAUACAUCCACAACGUAAGUGUAUGUUUCUUUAACA